ACUCGGACUUCCCCCAGUCUUCUCGCGAAGUCUCGCGAUACGUGGGUCCUUGAAACAUGCCCAUGAGCCUUUGGGGUUCCUCUUUCUAGCCGGCGCCUGAGAAUGGGUAUCUCAAGGGACAACUGGCAUAAACGCCGCAAGACUGGCGGUAAACGCAAACCCGUCCACAAGAAGAGGAAGUAUGAGCUCGGCCGGCCAGCCUCAAACACCAAGCUUGGACCUAAGCGUAUCCACACAGUGAGGGUCCGUGGUGGGAACAAGAAAUACCGUGCCCUGAGGCUCGACGUGGGCAACUUCUCUUGGGGCUCAGAGUGCUGCACCCGUAAGACCAGGAUCAUCGAUGUGGUCUACAAUGCCUCCAACAACGAGCUGGUGAGAACCAAGACCUUGGUGAAGAACUGUGUGGUCCUUGUGGACAGUGGUCCAUUCAGGCAGUGGUACGAGUCUCACUACGCCCUUCCUCUCGGACGCAAGAAGGGAGCCAAGCUGAGCCCUGAAGAGGAGGACAUUCUGAACAAGAAGAGGUCAAAGAAGGUUCAGAGGAAGUUCAGUGAACGCAGAAAGAACAGCAAGAUCAGCCCUCUCCUGGAAGAGCAGUUCCUGCAGGGUAAACUGCUCGGCUGCAUUGCCUCCAGACCCGGACAGUGUGGUAGAGCUGAUGGCUACAUCCUGGAGGGUAAAGAACUGGAGUUCUACCUGAGGAAGAUCAAAGCCAAGAAAGGCAAAUAAAUGUACAGCUCUGUUUGAUACCAUCACUAUUAAAAAGGAAAAUGCCCCACA